GUAGGGGCAGGAGGCUGGAGAGCCUGCUGCCCGCCGCCCGUAAGAUGGUCCCCUCGGCUGGACAGCUCGUCUUGUUCGCGCUGGGUCUCCUGUUGGCUGUGUGCCAGGCCCUGGAGAACAGCACAUCUGCCCUGAGUGACCCGCCUGUGGCUGCAGCUGUGGUGUCCCACUUUAAUGACUGCCCAGAUUCCCACAGUCAGUUCUGCUUCCAUGGAACCUGCAGGUUUUUGGUGCAGGAAGACAAGCCAGCAUGCGUCUGCCAUUCUGGGUACGUGGGUGCGCGGUGUGAGCAUGCUGACCUCCUGGCCGUGGUGGCCGCCAGCCAGAAGAAGCAGGCCAUCACCGCCUUGGUGGUGGUCUCCAUCGUGGCCCUGGCUGUCCUCAUCAUCGCAUGUGUGCUGAUACACUGCUGCCAGGUCCGAAAACACUGUGAGUGGUGCCAGGCUCUCAUCUGCCGGCAUGAGAAGCCCAGCGCCCUGCUGAAGGGAAGGACUGCUUGCUGCCACUCCGAAACAGUGGUCUGAAGAGCCCAGAGGGAGUUUGGCCAGAUAGACUGUGGCAGCCUGAGGGAGAAAGGACUUCUUCAGGACCAGCUGGCUUCCUACUCUGCCAGCAAUCACCUGUGCAGCCUUUUUGUCUUUUGUGGGCCUUCCUUCACAACUCUGUCAAGAACUCUGUCUGCUUGGGGUUAUUUGGUGUGACCUAGAGAAGAAAUCAGUGGAUCACGGUUUCAAGACUGGUCAAAAAAGAAUUGCAAAGGGGUGGACUUCCUGUUGACCUCAUAAGGUGUGUGCGUCUGCCGGCCUCGGAGCCCAGAGACGUGUUGUCGUCUUCUGCCAGUCACCGAGGCCAGGCUGUGUUUCUUUUCCAUGGGCCCAUGUCCCCACAACAGUAUCCAUCCUCCCCAACCCCAGAGAUUGCUGUCGUUGAGUUUUUUCUCAUCCGUUUAUUGGAGAAGAAGGUGGAAAAAGGGUAACUAUUGGUUACGGGAAGAUAUCAAAUGUGAGAGGAGCCAUGUAUGUCUUCUGCCCACGAGCCCCUCGGCCAAGCCUGACAUCUUCCACAGACACACGACGCCGAGGACCUUCCCAAGUCGUCGGCAGCCUCGGAGAUCAUUUCUUAUUUAUGAGAUGGAUGAUGGUUUCAUUUUUAAUCUCUUAAGUCGGUAUAAAAAGCAUAAAACCUUUUCAGACUUCUACACGAAUGAUGUAUGUAAUGCUGGCUGAAAAGUUAGCUGACUGAUUACAACCAUCUGGCCCCUUUGCGACAGCUAAGGCUUGGUAAGAGCCCCCCGGGGGUGCAGAGUUGGAAACAGAGGAGGAGUUGCUGAUGAGAGCAAAGACUGGGGCUCACAGGUCUUGCAUUUAAGACACAAAGCAGGGAAAGGCCCUCAGAUACAUUCCAGUAGAAAAGCUAGCCAGUCCAGCAGCAAAGAUUUGUAGCUUUGUGGGGAGAGAGGAAGAGAGUGCCUGUGUGUGCAUCUCCUCAGGACGAACACAGGACUACCCAGCUCCACGAUUAGACAGAUUAACUUCCUAGUGUUCCUUCCAUAUGUUUAGAAAUAGAGCACAAGUGGAGAGCCACGGGCCUUCCGGGCCACAUCCACAAAAAGGGGGCUGGUCAUUUACUUUCCAUGUUGUUGUUCGGUUGAUUUGUGGAUUUAUUUUUAAAAGGAGAAAUUUAACCUUCCUAUUUAUUUUCUAGCAUUAGGAGAAAUGUCCCCGUGAUUUUUUUUUUCUCUUUUCCAUUCAGGAUGCUGGUUUUAUUAACAAAAACUCUAACAAGUCACCUCUACAGGGUGGGUCUUGCUUUCCCCUUAGAGAAGGAGAAAUGUUUUCAUGGGCCUCUGGUUAUGUUCUGACCCACUGGGCUUGCCUAUGGGAAACACUGGUUCCCUCCAGGUAAACAGCAGAGAGCUCAGCCCUAGAAAUUUUUGUUAAAAACUGUAAACAGAAUAACAGUGAAAUAGUACGUGAAGUCCUUAUGAAAGGGAACUCUUUAUUCACUAAUAUUUGAAAAAUGAAAAAUCUCUACCUAUUAGUGUGUCUGGCCCCACCCGUCACGAAAGAGACCUUUAAAAUAUAUCAAGUUGGCUUAAAAUUUCUACCAGAUUAUUUUGUCCUCCCCUAUUCUUCUUCCCCAAUCUGUCCAUUUCGAUGAAUUUACUUGUUACAACUGAGACCAUUAUGUGACGCAUGUCUUAGCUCUGGCACUCGGAUUGGAUGAUGGAAUGAAGCGGUGAAGGCAGAAACGGGCUCCACUUGCCUGCUGGCCCGCUAAGGAGGCAUUUGACGCAGCUUCCAGGCUUAAGCUUCCUUUCUCCCGCCUGUCCUCCAGCCACGGGUAGGCACAUGGAGGCCCACUUGUAGCAUCUUGCUCAGAGACCUGUCCACUGACAUGGGUUUGCAGACACCCCAAUUUUCACUCCUUUCUCUCACCAGACCCUCCAGAAAGUCUGAGAGCCUGGCGAGAGAGACCAGUGGCAUAGUGUGUCUUUAACUUCAGGUCACAUUCUGACUCUAGGACAGUCUUUCCUUGGUCUUUUAGAGACUCUUUGAGGUCUGAUUGCCUUUAGAGAAUAGGAACCCAUGUGAGAUGUUUUGUGGGGCUUUCGUCACUGGAGGGAGGGCAGGACCCAUGUUUGGUCUCCAGGAGUCCAAGAGCCUUUGCAGAGGUGUGAGAAGAGAGGGAUGAGAGCCUUCUGGGUUCCCUGCAGGGACUUCACCUCAGUGUCCGUGAAGGCUCUGGUCCUCGGUGCCCCUUUCCUCGCGCCUGUGCAAUCACUCCGUGAACUGUGCGGGGAACGAGCAGCGUGCCUCCCUGUGCAUGGCUCCUGAGGCAGUUCUCGGCAAACCAGCAGGUCUGAAAAGAGUUAGAAACAGAGGCUGGGUGAAGGCAGGCCUGGAUGGACCUUUGUCCGUGCUCAGGAGAGGAGAACCUUGCUUCUUUGUGGUUUCUCUUUAAAAAUCAGAUGACCAGCAAGCAUUGGAUUCCUGGGCCAUUUCUUGGUAUUGGUACAUUUUGAGCUAGCUGUAAAAAUAUCCCCUUUUAAGGUUAAAAAUGCAUCUUCAAAUCCAUCUUUAUGGGUUCCCUGUGUUUCCUUGGCCUCGAGAAAGCUGAUGAUAUGACUAGGGAUUCCUUCCUGAGGCCUUUCCUGGUCCGCAGCCGCACGCCUGGGAGUAGGAAGCAAAGCAGCUUCCGGUGUCCAUCUCAGGAGAAGCGAAACACCCCCAUUAAAAAAAGAAGAGGGGGUGCUUGCAAAUAUUUUAUGGAGCCUCGAUUCUCCCACUGCUCUGCAGUCUGUGAUGUGUCUAAGCAUACCGGCCAGAAACCUUUUCUUCUAGAUGCAAAGAUAGACAGCAGUCCACGCUUAUCUGGAAGAUGGUUCCGACACACCUGAAAUCAAGCAAAAUCUGAGCUUGGCCGUUUUGUUCCCACAGAGGAGGUGGGCACAGCGUCCCAGAGUCUAUUUUCCUAAGAAGCAAGGAGGUGGGACUGACACCUCAGCCACCCAUGCAUCGGGGACGUAGGAGGAGGUGUGGUUCUAGAGCUUCCUGGGAAUCUGUGCUCUGCAGGUGGAGAAGAAGGUGCCUCUUCAGCCCCAUCUUCCAGGGCCGGGUUGUCUCACCGCACCUGGAGUCGCUUCUCCAGGCAAUAUCGGCAGAAACGGAUCGACAAAGUCCCAGCACUACUCAGGAGACCCUGCCUGCCCUGUAGGGUCUGGGCUUUGGUUUCUCUCAACCUGCUUGGCCAAGGAAGGGGGAGGAUUCAAAAGCCCAGCACCCAAGGGGACAUCACCGAAGGAAGACGAACCCAUACGUUUGUUCUCAGUGUGGGAACAUGAGACCUUUCCUCUCCAGCCUCUGAUUUUACCAGGCUCUCGGAAAGAUCUAGUGGUGAACAACACACAGUACUGAAAAGCAGCCCCUCUUCCUAGGGUAGUAACUUACUGAAGUAUUCAACUUUCCAUUAUCUUUAUGAUAACAAACCUGAGGCUUUUUUUUUUUUAGAACUUGUUACUCUGACUUCUGUAUAUGUUGCACUGAAAAGGUUAAUAUUUAAUGUUUUAAUUUAUUUUGUGUGAUAAGUUAAUUUUGAUUUCUGUAAUGUGUUAAUGUGAUUAGCAGUUCUUUUCCUUAAUAUCGGAAUUAUACUUAUUUAAAGAGUAGUGAGCAAUAUAAAAUGUGGUUCUGUUUUUUUCAGUCAUGUGCAUUAUUGUCCAGUUGUACCGUACCUUGUUUGGAAGGAUGAAGGAAUGAACUCUUUUUUUUUCCCCCCUAAAUCGAGACUGGAGCUUUUCUUUCAUGAGAGUAGCAUGUUACUGAAAAGCAAAUUAAGAAUUUUCUCCACGCAUAUGAGUGAUGAGGAAAAAUUAGAUGCUCCUUCGCAAAAUGUGGGAAUCCUCAAAUUCACCAGAGUUGAUCCCUGCCCACUUGAAGAAACCAAACCCUCCACAAAGAUCCCAAUACAUUAGCCUUUCAUCCGCUAGGUGUCUGACAAUAUGCUAAAUGAUGCAGAUGAAAAUAUAAAACAGACAGUCCCCACCCCUGAAGGAACUGAGAUCUGGCUGAGAGACUGACAUGCAAAAACUAAUUCUGGAACAGUUGCAGACAACACGCAAAGGAAGCCUGAAUUAUAAGGUAGAGAGCAUGUGUGCAUAGCUGUGGUUCUCCAGGUGUGCUCCCCAGACCAGCAGCCCCGUCUCAGGAAUGCAAAUCUUCAGGCCCCUCCCCCAGACUAUUAAACUCCAGAGGUGUCCUACGCCCCCUCCACCUUCUAGGUGCUUCCAAUACAUGCUCUAGUCAGAGAACCACUGUAAUCUAGGACUCAGCAAAAGACACGUUAGUGGUGGGGGCGGAGACGCAGCUUUUAGGAAAAGCUUUAUAGAGGCUUUGCAGAGCAAGUGAAACAACUGCAGCUUGCCCCUUAGGUGUUCAGAGUUAAUGGACAUGAGGAUGUAUAAGGCCUGCAUUUAUUUGGAAUUUCUCUGCUUAGCCUAGUGGAAAAGAAACAACAGACCUGUCCACACCCACCCCAUCCCACCCCACCCUCAGUCACUCACCCCGCUCCCUGCUGCCCAGUUUCUCACUGUAGGGAACUUUCUACAGCUGUCAGCCCAGUUCUUACAAGCCUCGCUGCCCUUGAAUCCCCAUGGCUAAGCCCCCUGCCCUUCUAACCCAUGUGCGGAUCUCACAUGUGCAACCUAGGAGGAGCUCAUGCAGAUGCAGCAGAGAGCAAAAUAGUGGCAGGACAGCAUGAGCUCUUGGUCCCCAGGGAUGCUCAGCUUCCAGAGCAGGGCAAGCCUGUAGAACCUGUUGUCCAAGCUCCAGAGGGCUUGGCAUCUACCUGACCUGCAGGAAGAUGAAAACCUAGGCAAUUCCUUGUCCCAAGUGCACUGGCCUGGCAGCUGUCCCCCAACAGAGCCUUUACCCACCUCUUGGGAGAAGGAGGGAGAGACCUGCUCCCCAUACUUGGUGUUCCCUCCUGCCCCUUGACCCUAUUCCUUCUCCAGGGACCUCUCCAGGCCUUGUUUCUAACCCAUGGGAUUUUUUUUCUUGUCCUGCUCCUUCUCCUCCCUGAGUUCCAAGCCCUCCUGCCAGGCCCCCCUCUGCUAGAGCCAGUAUCAGGUGGCCGCUUCUGGAUCUAGCCAGGUGCCCGGGGUGUUGCAGGCGGGACACUCCCUAGGAAAAAACGCCGAUGAACUUUGAGUCAAGCCAGACCAAUCUCCCCUCAUUUAUCCAGGCAACUUGUGGUUGCCAGCUUGAUUCCAUGGUCUGGACAGACGGGGCUCGACUUGUUGGAUGUUGUUGGCCCAAAUUUCACACCCCAGUUCUACCUGGUCCCUGCAUUGCCCUGCCUCCUGCCUCUCCCCGUUUUGGGGGUGUGUGUGACCUCACCUUGCCUCCUGCCAACUCUGAGCUCUUUACCCAGCAGCCCCCCAGAAUUCCAGCACCAGCAUUCCCUCCUCCAUCUUCUAAAACUCCUUUUCCACAUUUGCUCUCUGCACUUGCUACUUGGGCAGGCCCUGAGGUUUCCGUCCCAGCCUUCCACCUUCAAAAAUAGACAGCGAUGUGUCUGUGGACACGCAACUGGGGCUAGCCACGCCUUUUCCACCAAGCCAGUGUCUCCCACCCUAGAUUAGUCAAACUGUAGAAUCCGUCGUCGGGGUGGCACUUGGCAUCUGUUCAAAGUCUCUCCUGGAGAUUCUGAUCUAAUCCCUGCUGCCUUCUAAACACACUAUGCCCCAGGGAGCAGACAGCACAGGCGAGGUCUGAUGUCUGGAGCUGCCAGUGCCUGGUCCCUACCCGGGGCAUCCCCCAGCCCCUGCCCCCAGCCAUGCGUCCAUAUCCCAUAUAUCCAGAAGGUGGGAGCCCCUGGGAAGCAUGGCCCCUUGGACCUCCUUUCAGUCAGGAUCAUCUAGGGCAGAGAAGUGAGAAAACUCCCCCUAUGGAAACUGGAGCCUGUAAGGAGCACCAUGCGACUAGCACUUGCCCAAGUGGGCAAUGGCUUCUCAGGAACCAAAUUUUGCAACUGAGAAUGAAAACAUGGUGACAUUUAUGCCGGAAGGGAAACAGGAAAGAGAGAA